CCCCCGCCCCGGCCGCCCCUCCCCCGCCGCUCGGGAGCGGAGCCUGCGAGACGGAGAAACUGGGGCAGAAGUGAAGAUGGCGGCGGCGGCGGCGGCGGUGGCGACGGCUCCUCGCCUGUGACGCGCGGUGCGGGCUUGUGUCCCUCCCCACCUACCCUAAUCCGGACCCCCUCCCGCCCCCGGCCGCCGCCGGUUACCACACCGUGCCCGUAGCCCGCCCCUCUCCGCCCUCCCGGGUCGCCCCUUUCUCCCCAGCACCCGGCUGUCUCGGGUCCCGGCUGGGGGCCUCGCACUCCCUGGCGCCGUCGCCGGGGGAGCGGGUGGCGCCUCGGUGCGCACCGCCGGGCUUGCCGGGUCGCGGACACACGGCCGGCACGGAGAAGGCGGCGGCGGCCCCUGCGCAUUUGCUUCCCUCCAUUUGGGGACUGGGAGGCGGAGGCGACGGCUGUGGGUUUUGGGGAGGGGAAGGGGGUCCGGGGUGGGGGCGGGCGAGAGCAGGAGAGGGGGCCGUCCUCGGAAGGAGGACGAGAAGGAAGCACCAUGACGUCCAUCCAUUUCGUGGUUCAUCCGCUGCCGGGCACCGAGGACCAGCUCAAUGACAGGUUACGAGAAGUCUCAGAGAAGUUGAAUAAAUAUAAUUUAAACAGCCACCCCCCUUUGAAUGUGUUGGAACAGGCUACUAUUAAACAGUGUGUGGUGGGACCGAAUCAUGCUGCCUUUCUUCUUGAGGAUGGUAGAGUUUGUAGGAUCGGUUUUUCGGUACAGCCAGACAGAUUGGAAUUGGGUAAACCUGAUAAUAAUGAUGGGUCCAAGCUGAACAGCACCUCAGGGGCAGGGAGGACUUCCAGGCCUGGGAGGACCAGCGACUCCCCGUGGUUCCUCUCAGGCUCGGAGACCCUGGGCAGGUUGGCAGGCAGCACCCUGGGAAGCCGCUGGAGUUCUGGAGUGGGAGGAAGUGGUGGAGGAUCCUCCGGCCGCUCCUCGGCUGGAGCUCGAGAUUCCCGCCGACAGACGCGGGUCAUCCGCACAGGGCGGGACCGAGGGUCCGGGCUUUUGGGCAGCCAGCCUCAGCCAGUCAUCCCUGCAUCCGUCAUUCCUGAGGAGCUGAUCUCACAGGCCCAAGUUGUUUUGCAAGGGAAAUCCAGAAGUGUCAUUAUUCGAGAACUUCAGCGAACAAAUCUUGAUGUAAAUCUUGCUGUAAAUAAUCUGCUUAGCCGGGAUGAUGAGGAUGGAGAUGACGGGGAUGAUACGGCCAGUGAAUCUUACUUGCCUGGAGAGGAUCUUAUGUCUCUUCUUGAUGCUGACAUUCAUUCCGCCCACCCAAGUGUCAUUAUUGACGCAGAUGCCAUGUUUUCUGAAGACAUUAGCUAUUUUGGUUACCCUUCUUUUCGUCGUUCAUCACUUUCCAGGCUAGGAUCAUCUCGAGUUCUCCUUCUUCCCUUAGAGAGAGACUCUGAGCUGUUGCGUGAACGUGAGUCCGUUUUACGUUUACGUGAACGAAGGUGGCUUGAUGGAGCCUCAUUUGAUAAUGAGAGGGGCUCUACCAGCAAGGACGGAGAGCCCUGUUUGGAUAAGAAGAACACACCUGUUCAAAGUCCUGUAACACUAGGAGAAGAUUUGCAGUGGUGGCCAGAUAAGGAUGGGACAAAAUUCACUUGUAUUGGAGCUCUAUAUUCUGAGCUUCUGGCUGUCAGCAGUAAAGGAGAACUUUAUCAGUGGAAGUGGAAUGAGUCUGAGCCUUACAGAAAUGCCCAGAAUCCUUCAUUACAUCAUCCACGAGCAACAUUUUUGGGGUUAACCAAUGAAAAGAUAGUCCUCCUGUCUGCAAACAGCAUAAGAGCAACUGUAGCUACUGAGAAUAACAAGGUUGCUACAUGGGUGGAUGAAACUCUAAGUUCUGUGGCUUCUAAGCUGGAACACACAGCACAGAGCUACUCUGAGCUCCAGGGAGAACGAAUAGUGUCUUUGCAUUGCUGUGCUCUGUAUACCUGCGCCCAGCUGGAGAACAGCCUGUACUGGUGGGGUGUAGUCCCUUUUAGUCAAAGGAAGAAAAUGUUGGAGAAAGCAAGAGCAAAAAAUAAAAAGCCUAAAUCCAGUGCUGGUAUUUCCUCAAUGCCAAACAUCACUGUUGGUACCCAGGUAUGCUUAAGAAAUAAUCCUCUUUAUCAUGCUGGAGCAGUUGCAUUUUCAAUUAGUGCUGGAAUUCCUAAAGUUGGUGUGUUAAUGGAGUCAGUUUGGAAUAUGAAUGAUAGCUGUAGAUUUCAACUUAGAUCUCCUGAGAGCUUGAAAAGCAUGGAAAAAGCUAGCAAAACUACAGAAACUAAGCCUGAAAGUAAGCAGGAGCCCGUGAAAACGGAAAUGGGUCCUCCCCCCUCCCCAGCUUCCACGUGCAGUGAUGCAUCCUCCAUUGCCAGCAGCGCCUCAAUGCCAUAUAAACGUCGCCGGUCGACCCCUGCCCCGAAAGAAGAGGAAAAGGUGAACGAAGAGCAGUGGUCUCUUCGGGAGGUCGUCUUUGUGGAAGACGUUAAGAAUGUCCCUGUUGGCAAGGUGUUAAAAGUGGAUGGUGCCUAUGUUGCUGUCAAGUUUCCAGGAACAUCUAGUAAUGCAAGCUGUCCAAGCUCUGGUCCAGAUGCCGACCCUUCGUCUCUUCUGCAGGACUGCAGGCUACUUAGAAUUGAUGAGCUGCAGGUUGUGAAAACUGGUGGAACUCCAAAAGUUCCAGACUGUUUCCAAAGGACUCCUAAAAAACUCUGUAUACCUGAAAAAACAGAAAUAUUAGCAGUGAAUGUUGAUUCCAAAGGUGUGCAUGCUGUUCUGAAGACCGGAAAUUGGGUCCGGUACUGUAUCUUUGAUCUCGCUACGGGAAAAGCGGAACAGGAAAAUAAUUUUCCUACAAGCAGCAUUGCCUUUCUUGGUCAGAAUGAAAGGAAUGUAGCCAUUUUUACUGCUGGACAGGAAUCUCCUAUUAUUCUUCGAGAUGGAAAUGGUACUAUUUAUCCAAUGGCUAAAGAUUGCAUGGGAGGAAUAAGAGAUCCUGACUGGCUUGACCUUCCCCCUAUUAGUAGUCUUGGAAUGGGUGUGCAUUCUUUAGUAAAUCUUCCUGCCAAUUCAACAAUCAAAAAGAAAGCUGCUAUUAUCAUCAUGGCUGUGGAGAAACAAACCUUAAUGCAGCAUAUCCUGCGCUGUGACUAUGAGGCCUGUCGUCAGUAUCUUAUGAAUCUGGAGCAAGCCCUUCUGUUAGAGCAGAAUCUACAGCUGAUACAGACCUUCAUCAGCCACAGAUGCGAUGGAAACAGAAACAUUUUGCAUGCUUGUGUGUCAGUUUGCUUUCCAACCAGCAAUAAGGAAACAAAAGAAGAAGAGGAAGCAGAACGCUCUGAAAGAAAUACAUUUGCAGAUCGGCUUUCUGCUGUUGAGGCCAUUGCUAAUGCAAUCUCAGUUGUUUCAAGUAAUGGCCCAGGUAACCGGGCUGGAUCAUCGAGUAGCCGAAGUUUGAGAUUACGAGAGAUGAUGAGACGAUCGCUGCGAGCCGCUGGUCUUGGUAGACAUGAAGCUGGAGCUUCAUCCAGUGACCAUCAGGAUCCAGUCUCUCCCCCCAUCGCGCCCCCUAGUUGGGUUCCUGACCCUCCUGCCAUGGAUCCUGAUGGUGACAUUGAUUUUAUCCUGGCCCCCGCUGUGGGAUCUCUUACCACAGCAGCAACUGGCACUGGUCAAGGACCCAGCACCUCCACCAUUCCAGGGCCUUCCACAGAGCCUUCUGUAGUAGAAUCCAAGGACCGAAAAGCAAACGCACAUUUUAUAUUAAAAUUAUUAUGUGACAGUUCGGUUCUUCAGCCCUAUCUUCGGGAACUCCUCUCUGCUAAGGAUGCAAGAGGGAUGACUCCAUUUAUGUCAGCUGUAAGUGGCCGAGCUUACCCUGCUGCAAUUACCAUCUUAGAAACAGCCCAGAAAAUUGCAAAAGCUGAAGUAUCCUCAAGUGAAAAAGAAGAAGACGUAUUUAUGGGAAUGGUUUGUCCAUCAGGGACCAACCCUGAUGACUCUCCUUUGUAUGUCCUGUGUUGUAAUGACACCUGCAGUUUCACCUGGACUGGAGCAGAGCACAUCAACCAGGAUAUCUUUGAGUGUCGAACUUGUGGGUUACUGGAAUCACUCUGUUGUUGUACAGAAUGUGCGAGGGUUUGUCAUAAAGGUCAUGAUUGCAAACUAAAACGGACAUCACCAACAGCUUAUUGUGACUGUUGGGAGAAAUGUAAGUGUAAAACUCUAAUUGCCGGACAGAAGUCUGCUCGUCUUGAUCUGCUCUAUCGCCUGCUCACGGCGACUAAUCUGGUCACUCUGCCAAAUAGCAGGCAAGUAGGGUUUCAGACACACAAGGGAAGUGUUCAGCACUUCCGAGUGACAUUUUCCCUGCUUAACACUCGUGUUCUGUCCUCCAGGGGCGAGCACCUCCUGCUGUUUCUGGUGCAGACAGUCGCAAGGCAGACAGUGGAGCACUGCCAGUACAGGCCACCUCGCAUCAGGGAGGACCGGAAUCGGAAAACAGCCAGUCCUGAGGAUUCCGAUAUGCCUGAUCAUGAUUUAGAGCCUCCACGAUUUGCCCAGCUGGCACUGGAACGUGUUCUACAGGACUGGAAUGCCUUGAAGUCUAUGAUUAUGUUUGGGUCACAGGAAAAUAAAGACCCUCUUAGUGCCAGCAGUAGGAUAGGCCAUCUUUUGCCAGAAGAACAAGUAUACCUCAAUCAGCAAAGUGGCACAAUUCGUUUGGACUGUUUCACUCAUUGCCUUAUUGUCAAGUGUACAGCUGAUAUUUUGCUUUUAGAUACACUACUAGGUACACUAGUGAAAGAACUCCAAAAUAAAUACACACCUGGACGUAGAGAAGAAGCAAUCGCUGUGACAAUGAGAUUUCUACGUUCAGUGGCAAGAGUUUUUGUCAUUCUUAGUGUGGAAAUGGCUUCAUCCAAAAAGAAAAACAACUUCAUCCCACAGCCAAUUGGAAAGUGCAAACGUGUAUUCCAGGCACUGCUGCCUUAUGCUGUAGAAGAGUUGUGCAACGUGGCAGAGUCCCUGAUUGUUCCUGUCAGAAUGGGGAUUGCCCGCCCAACAGCACCAUUUACUCUGGCUAGCACUAGCAUUGAUGCGAUGCAAGGCAGCGAGGAAUUGUUCUCCGUAGAGCCGCUGCCACCACGACCAUCGUCUGAUCAGUCAAGCAGCUCCAGUCAGUCGCAGUCGUCCUACAUCAUCCGGAACCCACAGCAGAGGCGCAUCAGCCAGUCACAGCCUGUUCGUGGCCGGGAUGAAGAGCAAGACGACAUCGUUUCAGCUGAUGUGGAGGAGGUGGAGGUGGUGGAGGGUGUGGCUGGCGAGGAGGACCACCAUGACGAACAGGAGGAGCACGGGGAAGAGACGGCCGAGGCUGAGGGCCAGCACGACGAGCACGAUGAGGAUGGGAGUGAUAUGGAGCUGGACUUGCUAGCAGCAGCUGAAACAGAAAGUGACAGUGAAAGUAACCACAGUAACCAAGACAAUGCUAGUGGACGCCGCAGUGUUGUUACUGCAGCCACUGCCGGUUCAGAAGCAGGAGCAAGCAGUGUUCCUGCCUUUUUUUCUGAAGAUGAUUCUCAGUCCAACGACUCCAGUGAUUCUGAUAGCAGCAGUAGUCAGAGUGAUGACAUAGAGCAGGAGACCUUCAUGCUUGAUGAGCCGUUAGAAAGAACCACAAACAGCUCCCACGCCAGCGGAGCCGCCCAGGCCCCCCGCUCCAUGCAGUGGGCCGUACGCAGCACGCAGCACCAGCGAGCGGCCAGCACGGCCCCAUCCAGCACGUCCACUCCAGCAGGCAAUUCAGCGGGCUUGAUUUAUAUUGAUCCUUCCAACUUACGCCGGAGUGGUACCAUCAGUACAAGUGCCGCAGCCGCAGCAGCUGCUUUGGAAGCUAGUAAUGCCAGCAGCUACCUGACAUCUGCAAGCAGUCUCGCCAGGGCUUACAGCAUUGUCAUCAGACAAAUCUCAGACUUGAUGGGCCUUAUUCCUAAGUAUAAUCACCUAGUAUACUCUCAGAUUCCAGCAGCUGUGAAAUUGACUUACCAGGAUGCAGUCAACUUGCAGAACUAUGUAGAAGAAAAGCUUAUUCCCACUUGGAACUGGAUGGUCAGUAUUAUGGAUUCUACUGAAGCUCAAUUACGUUAUGGUUCUGCAUUAGCAUCUGCUGGUGAUCCAGGACAUCCCAAUCACCCUCUUCACGCUUCUCAGAAUUCAACGCGAAGAGAGAGGAUGACUGCGCGGGAGGAGGCUAGUUUACGCACUCUUGAAGGCAGACGACGUGCCACAUUGCUUAGUGCCCGACAAGGAAUGAUGUCUGCUCGAGGAGACUUUCUGAAUUACGCUCUCUCUCUGAUGCGGUCUCAUAAUGAUGAGCAUUCUGAUGUUCUUCCAGUUUUGGAUGUUUGCUCAUUAAAGCAUGUGGCAUAUGUUUUUCAAGCCCUUAUAUAUUGGAUUAAAGCAAUGAAUCAGCAGACAACAUUGGAUACACCUCAGCUGGAACGCAAAAGGACGCGAGAGCUCUUGGAACUGGGUAUUGAUAAUGAAGAUUCAGAACAUGAAAAUGAUGAUGACACCAAUCAAAGUGCUGCUUUGAAUGAUAAGGAUGAUGACUCCCUUCCUGCUGAAACUGGCCAAAACCAUCCGUUUUUCCGACGUUCUGACUCGAUGACGUUCCUUGGAUGCAUACCCCCAAAUCCGUUCGAAGUGCCUCUGGCAGAAGCCAUUCCUUUGGCUGAUCAGCCACAUUUGUUGCAGCCAAAUGCAAGAAAGGAGGAUCUUUUUGGCCGGCCGAGUCAGGGUCUUUAUUCUUCAUCUGCUAAUAGCGGCAAGUGUUUAAUGGAGGUUACAGUAGACAGAAACUGCCUUGAGGUUCUUCCAACUAAAAUGUCUUAUGCUGCCAAUCUAAAAAAUGUAAUGAAUAUGCAAAAUCGGCAAAAAAAAGAAGGAGAAGAGCAGAAUGUGCUGGUGGAAGAAGCCGAGAGUUCAAAGCCAGGGCCGUCUGCUCAUGAUCUGGCUGCACAACUGAAAAGCAGCUUACUUGCAGAAAUAGGACUGACUGAAAGUGAAGGGCCACCUCUUACAUCUUUCAGGCCACAGUGUAGCUUCAUGGGAAUGGUUAUUUCCCACGAUAUGCUGCUGGGACGCUGGCGCCUUUCGUUAGAACUGUUCGGCAGGGUAUUCAUGGAAGAUGUUGGAGCAGAACCUGGAUCAAUCCUAACCGAAUUGGGUGGUUUUGAGGUAAAGGAAUCAAAAUUCCGUAGAGAAAUGGAAAAACUGAGAAACCAGCAGUCAAGAGAUUUAUCUCUAGAGGUAAAGGUUGACCGAGAUCGAGAUCUUCUAAUUCAGCAAACCAUGAGGCAGCUUAAUAAUCACUUUGGACGAAGGUGUGCUACCACACCCAUGGCGGUACACAGAGUAAAAGUGACAUUCAAGGAUGAGCCAGGAGAGGGCAGUGGUGUAGCACGAAGCUUUUACACAGCCAUUGCACAAGCAUUUUUGUCAAAUGAAAAAUUGCCGAAUUUAGAUUGUAUCCAAAAUGCCAACAAAGGUACCCAUACAAGCUUAAUGCAGAGAUUAAGGAACAGAGGAGAGAGGGAUCGAGAAAGGGAAAGAGAACGGGAAAUGAGGAGGAGCAGUGGCUUGCGGGCAGGUUCUCGGAGAGACCGGGAUCGAGACUUUAGAAGACAGCUUUCCAUUGACACAAGGCCCUUCAGACCAGCCUCCGAGGGUAAUCCCAGCGAUGAUCCUGACCCUCUGCCAGCUCACCGGCAAGCACUCGGAGAGAGGCUGUACCCCCGGGUCCAAGCAAUGCAGCCAGCAUUUGCAAGUAAAAUCACUGGUAUGCUGUUGGAGUUAUCCCCAGCUCAACUGCUGCUGCUUCUAGCAAGUGAAGAUUCUCUGAGAGCCAGAGUGGAUGAGGCCAUGGAACUCAUUAUUGCACAUGGACGGGAAAAUGGAGCUGAUAGUAUCCUGGAUCUUGGAUUAUUGGACUCCUCAGAAAAAGUACAGGAAAACCGAAAGCGUCAUGGCUCUAGUCGAAGUGUAGUAGAUAUGGAUUUGGAUGACACAGAUGAUGGUGAUGACAAUGCACCUUUGUUUUACCAACCUGGCAAAAGAGGCUUUUAUACUCCAAGACCUGGCAAAAAUACAGAAGCAAGGCUGAAUUGUUUCAGAAACAUUGGCAGGAUUCUUGGAUUAUGUCUGUUGCAGAAUGAACUGUGUCCUAUCACAUUGAAUAGACACGUCAUCAAAGUGUUGCUUGGUAGAAAAGUCAAUUGGCACGAUUUUGCAUUUUUUGACCCUGUAAUGUACGAGAGUUUGCGGCAGCUAAUCCUUGCUUCUCAGAGUUCAGAUGCUGAUGCUGUCUUUUCAGCAAUGGAUUUGGCAUUUGCAAUUGACUUGUGUAAAGAAGAGGGUGGAGGACAGGUUGAACUCAUUUCUAAUGGUGUAAACAUACCAGUCACUCCGCAGAAUGUGUACGAAUAUGUGCGGAAGUACGCAGAGCACAGAAUGCUGGUAGUUGCAGAGCAGCCGUUGCAUGCCAUGAGAAAAGGUCUGCUAGAUGUGCUGCCAAAGAAUUCAUUGGAAGAUUUGACAGCAGAAGAUUUCAGGCUUUUGGUGAAUGGCUGUGGUGAAGUUAAUGUGCAGAUGCUGAUCAGUUUCACGUCUUUCAAUGAUGAAUCAGGAGAAAAUGCUGAGAAGCUGUUGCAAUUCAAGCGUUGGUUCUGGUCAAUAGUAGAGAAGAUGAGCAUGACAGAACGACAAGAUCUUGUUUACUUUUGGACAUCAAGCCCAUCAUUGCCAGCCAGUGAAGAAGGAUUUCAGCCUAUGCCUUCAAUCACAAUAAGACCACCAGAUGAUCAACAUCUUCCCACCGCAAAUACUUGCAUUUCUCGACUUUACGUCCCACUCUAUUCCUCUAAACAGAUUCUCAAACAGAAAUUGUUACUCGCCAUUAAGACCAAGAAUUUUGGUUUUGUGUAGAGUAUAAAAAGUGUGCAUUGCUGUGUAAUAAUACUAGCUAAUUUUGUAGAUUUUUUUCCAUUUGUCUAUAAAAGUUUAUGGAAGUUAAUGCUGUCAUACCCUCCUGGUGGUACUUCAGAGAUUCAAUGCAAACAUUCCUUGCUGAGUUUGUAGCUUAAAGACCCAAGGAACACUGGCAACAUUUGACUAUAAUGACUUGCUGGUGAAGAGCCUCUGGGUCUAACCCCAGCCAAAGAUGACAGCAGAACAAUAUAAUUUACACUGUGAUUUAUCUUUUUGCUGAGGGAUAAAAAUGUAAAAUGUUCUGAAAAUUCCCUGCUGCCUUUGUGGAAAGUUUCAGCAAAGGUUCUUGUAUAGAGGGACUAGGGAAUUUCAAAAUAAAAAAUUAAGUAUG